GGACCUUGUCAGGGGAGAUAACUCAUCAUCAUAAUUCUAUUUCCUGUGUUAGGAUUUAACCAACAUGUGAAUUCAAACAUUAAUAUCUAAGGCGAUACAUAUUUGCAAUAUAAAAAAGAAUAAGUCAGAAUGAGGCUUACAAUAGUCCUGCUGAAGGAUAGCAGCAAGUAUGUGAAGCGUUACUUAGAGAGAACAAUGCAAGAUUCUCUUGGCAAAAAAAAGUGGAAACCCCAUACUGGCUGGGUGCCAGUUCAUGGUGAAUAUAAAAGUUCAAAGUGGUUCUAUGCUGGACAACCGGUGUGGAGUGAACAAGCAAACGUGUCGUAUGCUAGAAAAGUUAAAACACCUCCAUUACAGCCAAUUAAACAACAAAAUAUAUAUGAAGAUGAUUUGGUUGAGGUACUGGUAGGAAUUGACAAAGGUAAACAAGGCCACGUGCUGAGACUUGCUAAGGAGAGGAACUGGUGCUUUGUUCAGGGUUUGCAUUUGGCGUACAGAUUAAUUCCUGGUAAAACACCAACUGACCCAGGAAAAUUAACUGUCAGGGAGAAGCCUCUUCUGGUAACCACGGAAGUGGGCUUAGUUGACCCCUCAGAUAGUAAACCAACAGAAUUUGAAUGGCGCUUCACAGAGGAUGGGGAGAAGGUGAGGGUAUCGAACCGGACAGGAAGAAUCAUUCCCAUUCCCACGAUUGUAGAGGAUGAUAUCGCGCUUGAUGUUGGUGCCAGAAAAAGUGUUUAUAAAAUGGGUAAUAGAGAUACAGCAAAAGAUGAUGUACAUGAGGUAACAUUUGAACCAAAGCUGGCCACUUUUGAGGAAGACAUUCUUGAAUCUAUGGGUAUCAAAGAAGAAGAAAAUAAAGAUGCACCAAAAACUUACUGGUAUUAGGAAAUAAUGUUACAUUGAAAUAAGAGUACUUUUGGGAGAUUAUUCCUGCAGACUGAAGACGUGAUUUUCAUUCGUAUUUGAUAUACACAGGAAAAAACAGGACUAUCCACAAACCAGCAUCACUACAUAUGUUGUGUGUUUUACAUCUAGACAGUUUCGUAUGGUAUACCUGCCAUUGUCCAAUGGUGGAGGAUGAUCGUGACCGAAGUGCUCAAUCUAAUGAAUCCUUACAGUUCGUUCGCUUUACGGCUAUGUUUACACCUUGUUUGGGAAUCUGUAUUAUUAAUAACUUCCCAGUGUUCCCUCAGAAGUUGUUAAUAUUAAUACUAGAGGUGUAAAAAUAGGCAUUUGAUAUUUACAAAUUAGGAAGCAAACUUUAAAUCUUGAAUGAAUUUCUUGGCAACUGGACAUAAUAUUUGUAAAACAACAAUGUCAGUCACUCAGUCAGUCCAAUACUUAUGGUAGAUGGAAGUUCCUCAAUGUGUUCAUCAUGUUAAUAUAACACUUGUUUAUUCUCGAACCUUAAAAAGAAAGAUUGUUGAAGCUCAAAAAUGAAAAACACUAAUCUGAAUUACAUGAUGUACUAAAAGAACCAGUGUGACAGGGACUGGGAGUAAUCAGUCUUUGGGGUACAAACUGUUAAGUCAUCCAAUAAUAAGGGUGAACAUUUUCCUUGAGCUGAGUCACCAGUGUAAGGGAACUUCAGCUAUAUGGUGUGCAUGACUCGCUAAAAUAUUACUUUUAUCAAUCCUUCAUUUAGUUUUCUCAAUUUAUAAGCAUAUGUAUAUAAAUUUAUGAAACUAAUAGUUUAAAAGGAAGUUUUUCACAAUUUUGAACCCAUUUUAAUUAAGUAAAUUGAAAAUAAUCCUCUAUCUUCAACUUAAUAAGAAUGAAUUAGAUAUUGAAUUACAUGUACUUUGGUAUGCCUCAUUUUGUUACUGGCUAUAUCUUGAGAAAAGAAGCUGUCUUGAUAGUCUUGUUGUCAUUGGAACAAGGGAGAUAAUCAAACUUAAUUGUAGGUUAAACCGAUUGUGCUGGUGUUUUUUUAAAAACAUUGUUAGUGUUAUGGUUAGAUUUUCUAUUGAAUUCAGUCAAUCUGACAAUGAUGAUUGAGGUGUACUUUGUGUGCUAAUGUGUGUGUAUCGGAAUACAUUAUCUAAGAAAAACAGAAGUAUUGUCAAAUAAAAGAAUGCAUUGAAAAGU